AUGCAGUCUCUGCUCGAUAACCUCGUCGUUCGUCCCAUGACCUCGGCAGACGUCAAGCACGUCCGACAGCUACAUAGCAAACUACUCCCUCUCGUCACCUAUCCAAGCUCCUUUUUCCUCCAACUCCUCAUCAUGCCCGGUCGACACUGUCUCGUCGCUGUCGACCGGGCCCAGCCGACCAUUCCCAUAGGCUUUGUUUCCGCCCUGGUCCACAACGAUCGCACUGAACGCGAGGAGCUAGAUUACCUCGUUGAUCAGUAUCUCGGCCGACAGUCUGCUGCGACCUCGUCUAACGAUCCUUCUGCUCGAAAACCGCGCCUGGAAAUUUUAACUCUGGGAAUCGAGCCAGAUUACCAGAACUGUGGUCUAGCGAGGAAACUCGUGCAAGAGAUGGUCCGUCGCGUUCAAGCCAGCCUUCCCAAGUUCGGUUCGGCGCUUGCGACCGGAUUAGCUCCUCCCUCGCCUAUUUCCCCUGUAACGCCCGCCACUCCGGAAGAGACCCGGGGUGCCUACUUCAACUUCAACAAAUCAGACGCCUCCCAGAUAAUCACCUACGCCAACGUCGCCACCUCCAAUAUACCCGCUAUCAACUUUUACGAGAAACUCGGGAUGUACGUCGUCCCUGGCGUCAGACUUGACAACGUCUACAGGGGACAGUCCCAAGCGAGCAGGCUUUUGAGCAACGCCAAUAUGAUCCGCAACACCUCUGAAUCUGAUGGCAGCAGCAGCGGUUUCACUUCUAGGAAAAUUGGAAUGGGUAACAGUCGGGACGCUUUCGUCGUCGCCGGACUAUUGUAA